UUUGACUGUUUUUUGACGUUUAACCAUAAAUGACAGUUGUGAUAAACAAUACUAGACGGCGCCAAAUCCGCGGUCAUCUUCACUAGUCUACUCGCUGAUCCGUAUUGUCUGAUCUGUAGUGUUGGCUAAAGAAUAAGAUAAUCAUUCCACAUCGCUCAAUUACUGAAAGAGUUGAAUGAUUAAUUUGAGCGAAGAAAUGAAUAUUCCCGGGCGCAAUGGACGAUUUUACGCAGCGUUCAAAUCGUCGCGCACGCGCUUCUGUGGUCUGCUUAGUUCCGUGGUGGAUAUGUGUCGGCGCUCAAAGAGCUUCGAAGGAAAUCGAGGUAUCGGCUAUCCAGUGUACUGAGAUCAGUGGUUACCGACCCGUCGUCACUGAUAGAAGAACUGACAGAAUCAUGAACGCGAUGCUCGAAUGACUGAAUGAAUCAGUUGGCCGUGAGCCUUCGUGCUGUGAGGUGGGUGAGGAAUUGUUAAAUAAAUGUUGGUGGGCCAUUAGGUCGAAAAAUGGCGGAAAGAAACAAGGUAACAACCCCGGCCGCGCGGCCCGUACCGAUGAAGCUGUUCGCUACAUGGGAGGUUGAUCGGACGCCGCCAAACUGCAUACCGAGUUCCAUCACUCCGUGAGAUACAAGGGAACGUUUUAAUUGCCUCGCCUUGCUGCAUUGCAUCACAUCUUGAGGUUUGCGGUUUUCAGGUUUACUCGUUGCGGCAUAAGCAGCAGGAGAUUGAGGAAUAGCAGUAGCAGAAAAUAAUGAGAGACGAUAAUGUAGAAGGAGAUUGAUUAUUGGAAGAGUUGGAACACAAUCGGAGUGUAUCAAUGUAGAUACAUAGUAUAUGCUCUGCUCUUUGACUCUGAGUCGCCUUGUUCUUCUCCGAUCCCUUGGUUCAGAUUUGGCUUCUAUCAGCCUUGCUGUCAAAAUGCAGAGUUCUAAGCGGACCUUGAGGUCAAAUGAAAUAGUUGUGCCAUCUGCAGGUAUGCUGGACACGGAAUUGGAAUUUCAGUUUGCUCUUCAGUAUCCACACUUUUUGAAGAGAGAUGGAAACAAGCUUUUGGUACUCUUGCAGAGACGCAAGAGAUAUAAAAACAGGACUAUGUUGGGUUACAAAACUCUUGCUGAAGGAGUUAUUAAUAUGGCACAGGUUCUCCAAAAGCAAAUGGAUUUAGAACUGGAACUCGUUUCUGACAAAUCUGAAAAAUACGGAGGUCAUGCCACGGUUCUAGCUAAGGUCAGCAUUGUUGCUCUCAGUUCACAACCCGUUGAUCAUGACAAGAGACUUAUCAAUGAUCCUAGCGAGAGACUAGGGCAGGAAUUCAGUGACGAUGAAGAGGAAUUUAGCUCUGAAGGUGAAGCCGAAGGAAGCGACAGUGAAGUCGCCAUUGAACUGCAUAGGAGAAAAAGCCGGACUAAAAUACCUGCCCAUGCAAGGGUAAGGGUAAGGCAAAGAAACCUGAAGCAAAAAUUCAUAGCUCUACUAAAACGGUUCAGGGUAUCCGAAGAAUUGGAACAUGAUCAGGAAGAAAUAGGCCAGAAAUUAUCAGGUGGGGAUAUGGAAAUUGAAGAAUUGUUCGAUGAGCUGGAGGAUUUAUCCGACAGUGGACCAGAAUUAGAUACGAUGUCAGUGAGCAGUACGCCAAAGCCUUCGCUGAGGCCUUUUUUUAGCUCAAGUCGCUCUCUUCUGGCGCCAACACAAGCAGUAGUAACCGGCGAAGAAAUCGGAAUCAGCUCCGCUACCGCCGUAGGGCAACCACCACACUCCGGUCUGCCUAUCAAAGAGAAGACCCGCAUGGGACACACCACUCCAGAACGCGGAGUCGACAGACUUAGUGACGAUAGUUCUCGCAGAGCUGACAGUGAUUCACAUCCAGAAAAUUGGACGGAUCACGAAGCUAAUGAUCCACCAGCAGUGGUCGCUGGUUCACCACCAAAGUCUGAACAUACUAAUAAAAAUGAAGGAGCUGACAGACGGAGCAGACUCUUUGCAAGGGACAGGGGAACUCCUGGCAGUAAUAAAUCCAAGAAACACAGUUUGAGCGUUGACUUAAAACCAGCGACUGAUUUGAACAACUCGGAGCCAAGAAAAGCCCUUGUUGAACAACUCAGUCGGGUAUUGCCAGAUGAUAGCCUGCCUGAGGCUGUCUCCCUUGUUUCAUUAGGCGAUCCUGGAGGCGCCGUUUUAGCAGCUCGACUUCAAGAGAGAAAUCAUCGUGUUCUCACUACAGCUUCACCUGCUGAUAUUAGAACGACUUUCACGUGCCUGGUCGCACGUAUACAGAAAUUCUGUAACAGUUCGGCAAAACCACCUGCUCCGAUAAAAGUGGUGGUUGCGGGAGGUGACAGCUUUGUGAACUCCGUUCUCCGACACUACGUUGAAUUGUUGAGCUUCAGGCCCCCAGAUUGGCAAAACUAUAUGAGAUUUUUAGUUGUACCGCUCGGUUCAAAUACUCUCUCGAGGUAUCUUUCCUCUAUCGAUCCGAAAUAUUCGAUGCUCUUUGGCGAAGAAUGGAGAGAAUUGAUGGAAAGGGAAGGAGGUGGAGCCACAGAGGGUGCAUCCAGAGUAUCCGAGUAUCUGGCAACGUCAGGCAUGUUAUUAUCCCUUCCGAUUGCAGAGGCGAUGGUGACCGUCAGGGAAACAGAUGAUAGCAGUCAAAUAUUUAUACCAUUUAUAAAUGACGUUCGUGUCGGAUGUCCGGAUAGCAGCGCUUCUGCAUCUGUUGAUCUAGAAGAAGGUAUGGCUGUGUCUGGAUCCCCUCCGUCUCUCCCGCCACCAGGUCUACCUGUCCCACCUCCGAGCAGAUUAACACCACCCAGCAGUCCGAAUGUUGGUCAGCCAAGGGAUGGCUGGGAACCCGUAGAGCUUCAACUCGACUACUGGGGCAAACAAACGUUUGGAGAGAAAGGAAAAAUUACUUUGAGACAAGCUUUCAGAGCUCUUCACGUCCAGAGAUUACCACUCCUGGGAGAAAACCCUGGGCAUCAUUUGUCCAUGAAUUAUACGACGAAAGAAAAGAAACAAAAAAUUAUGAGGCUGGGAAAGAAGAAGGAAAAAGAAAAAGAAAAUGAACCAAAAAGUCAGACAGUAGAUGGUGUAGCGCGGCUUAUCUGUUCUGCAAAAACCCACAACAUUCCAUUGAAAGUGAGCAUAGAUGGGACUGAAUGGUACGGCGUCAAAUUCUUUCAACUAUCCGCUCAGUGGCAGACGCAUAUCAAAACCUUUCCCAUAUCAUUGUUGACUUACAAUACUCAACAGGCGUUAAAUCUCACCUAAACUUCCCAAUGCACUGUACUAACUGUAAUUGAACUAUACAAAACAAUCCUGCUCAUUGUCAGCCGUACUAUUUCACACGGACACUGUCCUAUACUAAUUUCGAAAUCCACCCUCGUGAUACGCGACGCACUCAAAGAUUGGGGUUUAAGUACGUUCAGAGCGGCUGAGGUCUCCGGUGCGCACGGUGAAAUGUAUUCCUCGGUGGUGUACGUUUCGGUAGUAUAGUGUAGUGUCAUUAAUGAAUGUGGAUCUACAUAUUUGAUAUUUAUUAUUCAACAUUUAUCACAAUGAGUCAACCAUCACCGAUUAGUAGUAGAAUUUCCACUUCUUUUUUUUUAAUUUUACUACGUCUCUACAUACUCAUAGAUGACGAGAGAUGAAAAGUUGGUGCAAUUCUUGAUCUGUACUUACCUCAAAAUCGACACAAACAGAUUAUAAAUAUAAUUCAUUGAAGUGCAAUAAAUUUGAAUAAUUUUUUUAGACGAGAUCGACAUCGUUUCCGUUAAUAUUUUAAUAUAAUCGCGGUAGAGAAAUUCGUACUUUAAGCGAUUCGAUGUGCAGUUUUUCUUUCAACAUGUGCAAUUGAAUCUUCGAAAAUUCUGUGCAGACUGAAGAAAAACAUAUCACGGUUAUAAUACAGCAUAGGUUCGAACUCAUAUUAUCAUUUUAUCAUGAUCUCGUCUGAAAUUUCCAUGAUUUUACACUCAUAACGGGUGCAUAUACAUAUGUAUGUAUUCAAUCUGAAAAGCUACAGGAAUGCAGUGAACAGUCCCAUUGCUGCUUUCAGGGCUUUUCAACGACUUCAUCGAAGUAUCUAACUUGAUUUUUAUAUUUUGGUUUAACAAUUGAGCUGAUGUGAAUCGGUAGAAAUCGUUGAUUUUAUUCGUCUGAUCUUUUAACAUACAGUUGAAAAAAAUAAUAUGAUUAAAUCUCUUCAGAAUUCAUUAGUGAUCAAUUAAAUUGAAUAAUUUAUUGUCAUACCAGAAUGUGAUGGCACUCUUUAUUCCGUAUUAGAAACUUUUAAUAGUUUAUAAAUUAUUUUUAGAUUGUUUAAAUUGCAGUGAUAAAUUGACUUGACGACAGAAAAAAAAAGAUUUCAUUUAAUUUAUUACUAUGGUUAAACCGACUUGAUAUUAUAACGACUAAUGUAACUAUACCUAAUUCUAGAUAUUUUUGACUCCCUCCUUUUUGGAAUUUUAGCUAAACCAACUGAAUCAAACAGUUUUAAUUAAACUGUUCUUGCUUUGGCGACGUAGCCAUCGCCGUGACUGUUAAAUGCCAAAACUAACGAUGAGCUUUGUCGUUAUAUUUCGCCAAGCCCAAAUGAAAGAGAAAAAAAAAAAAGAAAUCUUUGAAACUAAAAACGCGUUCGACUGUUUUGCCAAAUUACAGUUUUUCCUCUUUAUUUAUAAUCAUCACACCUAAACAGUUCUCCAAAAUAAAUGUUUAUCCGUAUUAUUAUUCCUACGCCAGCUCUCAACGCUGUAUUACUGUGUAAAUAUAAUCAUAAAUGGAAAACAUUCGAGUUAAAAGACAAUGCCGUUGUUGAAUUGGGUAGCUAUUUUCAACUAUAAUCGAUAUUAGAGUACGUAGUUACCGAUGUUCAACACAGAGCUGGUUUUCAAAUAUCUGUUAACUAUAAUGAUCUCUGCUGCUUAAUGAUAAUAUUUGUGUAUAUUUCAAGUGGAAGAAAAAAACGAAUCAGAGAAAAUACUCUAUAAGUUAGUAAUUCCGUAAUAUAUCCGUAGAACCUGUAUAUGGAGGAAAAAGAAAAAAGGAAAAUUACUUUGUAGAUGACUUUGAUUUUGUAUUUUCCCAACUGGUCCGAAUUCAGUACAUCGCACAAAACUGACGUUGAGUGAGCUCUGCACACUACAGAGAAUUUCAUACAAUUAUUGAAUACCCGUAGAUAUAAUAUAGCAACAUUUAUAUGUGCCGGAUAAAACAAAAACGCAAAAAUAGUAUCACCGUUACCGGUAUGUUCAGAAUUUGAUUCAUUUUUUCAUACAUACUUGCCAAAGUGUGACAUACAUCAUGCUGUACUCUUUGGUAGAUAGAUAUACAUAAGUUCUGCAAAAUUAAUGAUUUUGAUAUUGUGCUUAUAAUAUCAAUAAUUAUUAUUGUUGUCAGAUCGUUAACCAGUAUUUAAUUUGAGAAAGCAAAAAAUGAAUGACAAUUCUACAUUUUUAUACAUAUUAUAAAACUGAUCUACAGAGUUUAUACUCGGUUUAUGUAUAUUAACUGAUCAAAAGUUCCUUCUGAUAUUUUUCUCCAAUUUUACCUAUUAUUUGCUAUCCUUCUGCAUAAAUAUAUACAUAAAUUAAAAUACAUAAAAACCUUAUUCAAUAACAGACGUAUGUGUCAUAUAGUAUCUAAGUCUUUAAAUCUCUGCAACAAGUUUUUCCGUUUUCUUUGUUUUGUUUUUUUACGUUAUUUGUCAGAGAUACUAAAGUAGUGAAGGGAUAAAAAUAAUAAGAAUGCAGGCUUAGUGCAAAGCCUCAAGCUCAAAGCUUACAAUAAUUAAAAUCGUAAUGUGAAACAAAGAGUAAUGUUUUAUUAAGUAAUAUAUAAUCUAAAAAGCGGAGUGAAAUAAGUUGAUCGUUAGUCGAUAUUAUACCGUUCUAGAUUUAGACGUUUUUAUUGUGUGCUUACAAGGAGAGAUUUAUGCGAACUGUAAUAUAAAUAUACCUAUGUAUAUGUAUACAGUAUAUAAAAUGACACAAUAUGAUUCGUAGAAGUUAUAUCGAAUAUUUGAAUGAAAUAAAAAAAAGAUUGUGAAUCGACGACGCGAGUACGAAAAAUGAUUUUAAACGUGUAGGUAGAAACCAAUAAUAUGAAUAACAUCAACGUUUCGAAAUUGUCUUAAAAAAUGAACAUUGAGUCUUUUAAGAAAGAUAAUAAGAUAAUGUGUAACGCAUGAUCGCGAUCAUCAUGAAAUUCAUCCAGUAUACAUGCCUACAUACGUAAUACGAGAGGUGUGAAUACGCAGCGAUAUUCUCACGCAAUAAAGAAAUACAUACCCUCUACUUAUGUAAUGAAAUUGCCUUAGAACUUAAAAAUUACCGUAGCACAGAUGAAGAAAAUGGAAAGGAAAGAAUUUUUUUCGAAAGCAUAUCAGGUAAUUACGUUGAGCCUACUUUUACUUCAAAUUUUAAUCUCUAUAUUAAAUGAUAGUAAUGAUAAUGAUGAUGAUAGUUGAUGUUACAAUGUUACAUCUAAUUGGCACCCAAUGUUUAUACCUAAUUUGAAAGGGAACGUUUGCAGAAAUUGAUAAUAUUAAUUAAUAAAUAUCCAAUACCUGUAUGUGAUAUACUGUAUUAAUUUAACUAUGAUAUUUAGCAUAGGAUAACAACACUUACUAUUUUAGUAGACGAUGGAACAUUUUCCGUUCCCAUGUUAUCAAAAUUAUACUCGAUAUGCAUAUGAAUUGAUAGAAAUAUUCAUAAAUCAGAAGGGUUUGCUUCAGAAUAUUAUCACGCUGUACUCUGAAGACGAAUCUUCUUUGUUCUCUCAAUUUUUUUUAGCCCACGGUCUUUCGAAUCAAAUUUAAGAAAUGCCAAAUUAUUUAAAUAUAUAUGUAUACAUAGAACGUUUAUUGUUAAUCAAAUCCCAUUGAUGGAAUUAGGAAAUAUAAGCUGGGCAAAGCUGCAGUCGAGUAAUAAUUGAAUGAUGAUUUAAACAAUAAAGGAAAUUAGCUAAUUAACGUACCAGUGAAAAUACAAUAUAAUACUAGUAUAUAACAGUAGUAUAAUAGAGCAACAAUAAGUAAAGGCUAAGGCUAGAGAUAGAGUAGAAUGAAAAUCAUGAAGGAAAAAAAGGAGAAUAAGGAGUUGUUCUGUUACGUUGAUGUUUGUAAGCUUGAAAUAUAAGUGUAACGCAUUUUU